GCUGAGAGCCGCGGGCGAGUGUAUAUGGAAAUAGUGGGCUGCCGAGCAGAAGACAACUCGUGUCCUUUCCGCCCCCCAGCCAUGCUCUUCCACGGGAUCUCCGGAGGCCACAUCCAAGGCAUCAUGGAGGAGAUGGAACGCAGAUCCAAGACCGAGGCACGCCUGGCCAAAGGCGCCCAGCUCAACGGCCGCGACGCGGGCAUGCCCCCGCUCAGCCCUGAGAAGCCCGCUCUGUGCGCCGGCUGCGGGGGCAAGAUCUCCGACAGGUAUUACCUGCUGGCUGUGGACAAGCAGUGGCACCUCAGGUGCCUCAAGUGCUGUGAAUGUAAGCUGGCCCUGGAGUCCGAGCUCACCUGCUUCGCCAAGGACGGCAGCAUUUACUGCAAGGAGGAUUACUACAGAAGGUUCUCUGUGCAGAGAUGUGCCCGCUGCCACCUUGGCAUCUCUGCCUCCGAGAUGGUCAUGCGCGCCCGAGACUCCGUCUACCACCUGAGCUGCUUCACCUGCUCCACCUGCAACAAGACUCUGACCACGGGCGACCAUUUCGGCAUGAAGGACAGCCUGGUGUACUGCCGCGCCCACUUCGAGACCCUCUUGCAAGGAGAGUACCCGCCGCAGCUGAGCUACACGGAGCUGGCGGCCAAGAGCGGCGGCUUGGCCCUUCCCUACUUCAACGGCACGGGCACGGUGCAGAAGGGGCGGCCCCGGAAGCGGAAGAGCCCCGCACUGGGAGUGGACAUCGUCAAUUACAACUCAGGUUGUAACGAGAAUGAGGCAGACCACCUGGACCGGGACCAGCAGCCUUACCCGCCCUCUCAGAAGACCAAGCGCAUGAGGACCUCCUUUAAGCACCACCAGCUCCGCACCAUGAAAUCCUACUUUGCCAUCAACCACAACCCGGACGCCAAGGACCUCAAGCAGCUUGCCCAGAAAACAGGCCUCACCAAAAGAGUCUUGCAGGGAGAACAAAUCUUGGGGCAUUACAGCCAAACAUCCCGACGUUUGAAAAUUCCCUAAAGUAUUAAAAGAAGGGGAAAAGUUUGAUCGGAAAUCCACUGCAGUGAAGACAAAGACACUAUUAGGUUAUGAUAAUCAUACAUUUAAAAAUUUAUUGAGCCAAAAAGAGAGAGAGAGAGACAGAGACUUAAGUGUCAUUUACUGAAUGUUAACAAAACUUCUGUUCUUUACGGUGUCUAACACAAAAUGAAGGCUUAAAAUCAUGUGGCUUAAAAUGAAACCAGAUAAACCAGGUGCAAACCAGAGCAACCUGGCAGUAAUAUGCCCACCCCAUAUUUGAAGAAAAUUAUUAUUGAAAAAAAUCCCACACAUUUGUCAAGCACAAAUAAUUGUAAAAUAAAGUCCAAAAGACAUUCAUUUCACUUGCUUGCUAAUGUGUAUCAGUCCUCUCUGUUCAUGGCAUUUUACAAUUGUAAAUUCAAGGAAGAGCUACCACUCAUUUAAGAGUCUAGGGAUCAGACCCCAGUAACUUUAGUAUUAUUGUUUAUUACUUCCUUUUAAAACAGAAAUCUGUGC